AUGGGAGGCGGAGUCAUGAGGGCGGCGGCUAAGGUAUCGGGGAUCGGCGGCGUUGUUCAAAGCGGCAUGCUUCGUGGCGCGCCGGUUCCGUCGCCGUCCGGUCAGUCCAUCCGAAAGGCCUCGAUCCCGGUCGCCGCGACCCUCACGGCUGAGAAUGUCGGCGGGGUUGACGUGUCUCCGAUCGAGAAGACGGCGUUGGAUGCGAUGGACGACUUCGUCGACUGGCAAGUGGUCGGCGCCGCAGACGAGGAGCUGGUGAUGUCGGCCGGCGAGCCGAUGCCGAGAGUCAUCUUCGACGCCGCGCCGAGCUUCAAGGAGGCCAGAGAGGCCACCACUGAAUUGAAAGACGCCCUCGAUAAGGUAUAUCUGUCUUCACCCAAAUCUACUGAAUUUGGGAAGCAGUCUGCUGCUGAUAAGGUUUCUGGGCUGUCUCAAAUUACGAACCCUGAACCUGAGGAGGUGGAAUCCCUGCUUCUUACUAGGACCUCCGUGCCAAAACAUGCUUUUCAGGCAUUUGAAAUGCUGAGUAGAAGUGCUGAAGCUCAGAAUGUUGUUGCUUCAAUUGCAAGCGACCCAAAUAUCUGGAAUGCUAUGAUGGAAAAUUCUGCGGUCAAGCAAUUCUUGGAGUCCAACAAGAACCAUAAUCUUUAUGAGCCCAAAUAUGUGUCAGAUACUGAGUUUUCUGAUCCAGUAUCACCCAAGAAGCAUGAAGACAAAGACAAAUCUAAUGGGUUUGAAGCUGUGCUCCAUGGUUUUGUGCAGAAAAUCAAGCUUACCGUGGAUAGGUGGGUGGGCGAUUUGUCAACUUACAUCCAGAAUAUUUUUCCCUCCCCAGCUGAGAAUGGAAAUGCAGAUGAGAAUGGGAAUACGAAGACGGUAGCAUCUGCAUUCAUGGGGCUGGCAGUUAUGGUUGUUAUGGUGGUUUUGAUGAAGCGUUCGUAG